UGAACCGUGUUUCCGGCUCUUCUCAGUUGUGGACACUCGUAAGUUUUCGGCAGUUUCCGGAGAGACUCGGGGACUCUGCGUCUCGCUCGCUCGGUUCUGAUCUGGUGCAGCGGGUUAGGGUCCUGGGCUAGUCAUGGCGUCCCCUUCUCGGAGACUGCAGACUAAACCAGUCAUUACUUGUUUCAAGAGCGUCCUCCUGAUCUACACUUUUAUCUUCUGGAUCACUGGUGUUAUCCUUCUUGCCAUUGGCAUUUGGGGCAAGGUGAGCCUAGAGAAUUAUUUCUCCCUUUUAAAUGAGAAGGCCACCAAUGUCCCCUUCGUGCUUAUUGGCACUGGCACUGUCAUAAUUCUUUUGGGCACCUUCGGUUGUUUUGCUACCUGCCGAGCUUCUGCAUGGAUGCUAAAACUGUAUGCAAUGUUUCUGACUCUCAUUUUUUUGGUUGAACUGGUUGCUGCCAUUGUAGGAUUUGUUUUCAGACAUGAGAUUAAGAACAGCUUUAAGAAUAAUUAUGAGAAGGCUUUAAAGCAGUAUAAUGCUACAAGAGAUUAUAGAAGCGAUGCAGUAGACAAGAUUCAGAAUACGUUGCGUUGUUGUGGUGUCACUGACUUUAAAGAUUGGGAGGAUACUAAUUAUUACUUAGAAAAAGGAUUUCCCAAGAGCUGCUGUAAAAUUGAAGACUGUUCUCCUCAGAAAGAUGCAGAUAAAGUAAACAAGGAAGGAUGUUUUAUAAAGGUGAUGACCAUUAUAGAAUCAGAAAUGGGAAUUGUUGCCGGAAUUUCUUUUGGAGUUGCUUGCUUCCAGCUGAUCGGAAUCUUUCUCGCCUACUGUCUCUCUCGUGCCAUAACAAAUAACCAGUACGAGAUAGUGUAACCAGCAUAACACGGCCUUAUUCCUCUCUGACCUUAAGGACGUUUACAUUCCCCCCUGUGAACUACUAGAUCGCCUGGUUGGAAAACUGCCUAACAUUACUCAUCAGUAGUCCGAAAAACUACACCAAUAGUCUGAUUCAAUCUAGACAUUUGUUCAAUAUGUCAUAAGUCCACCUUUUGUCCCAUUCACGUAAGAUCAAUGAAACUCCCUUAUCACCCUGAAACACUGGAAGAGCAAGUAAAUUGUAAAAGAAACAAUGCUGUGUUCUGCUUGACUUUUGUUUUUCUCAAUGUGGGGCUUUUGAAAGGCAGUGUAUUUUCUAUUUUGAUGUAGUGUUAUAAAAUGGGAAAUUAACCCCUUUGAACUAGCCCCCUCCCAGCCAAGGUUAUCUGGUCUGAUUGCAUAAUUUACAUCAUAAUUUACAUCAAGAAGCUAAAAUGUUUUCAUUAGUCUCUCUCUAUUCUAAUAGGAAUGGAGUGACAUUGUGUAAUUUAAUUCCAGCCAGGAGCUGGAUGACAUCAUGCAGAGGGUGGUAAUGGUCUCUGACCUAAAGCACCCAAGGCUAAAGGCAUUACCAAUGUUCUGUCACAUCAGGUAGCAGCAGCACACUUAUACAUUACAUUUUUUUGCUCCAAAUUAAGGUGUUUAUCCUGAUAUUUAUAUUUUCUCUCUUAUUUGAAAGUUUCUGAUUAUUAAUGCUGUCAUAAUUAAUGUAUUUUCCUGAGAAAUUCAAAGCAACUCAUCUUCAUUAGCUUUAGCUGGCAUUUCCUUACCAGGCUGAUAUGACUUGUCAAUAUUGUGGUCACCUUUAAUAAUCUCAGUUUUGGUAUGUGCCUUUGAUUAACAAAUAUAAAUCUUUUACACAAUAAACAUUGUUUUCCUCUAAAA